UCGCAUGGCUUUUGUAUUGCGCCAUAAACGUUUCGCUGCUCGUAACGCCACAACGGCCGACGCGGACACAGCGCCAGCAGCAAAGACCCGCACCCACUUGUACCCGUCUACCCGUACCCGGCAACGAAACGGAGACAGCGAUCCAACAACACGGGCGUAGCAAAACCCCAGUCAAACGUCGACAGCCAGACAGACAGACAAACUCAAACCCAACUCUCCACUAUCGACGCAGUCGCCAACUGCUGCGCUGCUUGCGCCUCUGCCAGCGUUGGCAGCAAAAAUUACCAAUUACACGAAAUUUUUAUACUCUUUUAAAAAUUUCGUUUUAUUAUAAUAUUUAUUAUCGUGGCGCGCAGUAGUGUCUGCGGAACAGCGCUCGCAGCUCAACUCAACUCGGCUCAGCUCAGCUCAGCUUGACUUGGCCGAUCUCCGAUACGAUUCGAUCCGUUCCGUUCCGAUUCGAUUCGAUUCGAUACUCCACGCGUUCGCCUUCGCAUUCGUACUCUCAAUCGCAGUCGCAGUCACAAUCGCAAUCGCAAUCGCUCUGUUUAUUAUUUUGUGGCAUUCUUAUUGUGUUUAACUGUUGCCGCUUAUUACGGGCAUUAGAGUGCGGUUUAUAGUGUGCACCGGUAGCAGCAGCAACAGCAACAGCAACAGCAACAGCAACAGCAGCAUCAGCCACGGCAAUAAUCAUAAGUAUAUUUACACACUAUCAUAAAAUCCAAUCAAAUAGCAAUCAAUCAAGAAAACUACAUACUUUAACUACAACUUCAACUUUACUUUGUUGUAAUCGUCCGUAAUUCCUGCGUGUAAAAUACAAAAAGAAAACUGUCACAACAAUGAGUGCACAUAAAUAUUAAAAAGUCGUAAAGUUUUUCAACCUACCUGGGAGCCGGAAAAGUGUUUUAUGCCAUUUAAAACAAAGCAAUUAAAAUCCAAUUCCCCUUCAACUAUCCAUCGACUACAGCUUGCCACACGCACUCGAAAGGUCGUAAAUCUGAAAAGAAAACGCGUCGGGCUUUCUACCCACGCUCCGAAAACUGUGACUGUGAAUCAUCGCAAGAAAAAUCCAAAGGCCAUAAAAAUAUAACGCCCCAGUUGAUCCAAUCCCUCGAAUAUCCCGACCAAGACAACUGCCGACUGCUGAGUGCCAAGUGCCAAGUGCCAAGUGCCAAGUGCCGUCGCAGCCAUUAAAAAUCGCGCGCCUAUAAAUCAAGCGACGGCAGACCGCGCCUCGAGCAUUUUCCGUAUAAUAUAGCUGCCAAAUCGCCAUAUAUUCAGGCAUCAUCAGCUAAAUGUACUAAACCAAUAAUAACUCAAUCUACCGACUACCGAGGCAAUUCGGCAAAUUGACAAAUUCUCGACCAGAGAAAAAGAUAUGUGCAAUGUCAAAAUUUGUUUUCGAUAGUAUGCUGCCAAAGUACCCACAGUUUCAGCCAUUUAUCAGUUCGCACUUAACUACAGCACCCACAAAUUCGUCAUCAGCAGCAGUUGCCGCCGCCCUCGCCGCAGCAGCCGCGUCAGCAUCGAACGUCUCCUCACCUGGCAUUCAUCCGGGCAGCAGUGCCGGCAACAGCCAUUUGCAGUCGUCGUCGCUAUCGCCUAGCUCCAGUGGAUUGCAGCUCGCCAGUCAACUAAGCCAACAGCACUUGAGUCAGUCAUCCAAUUCGCCGGUCUCUUCGUCGUCGCCCUCUUCGGCUGUGCAGCAGCAGCAACAGCAGCAACAGCAGUCGCAGUAUUCGUCUCUGUCGGCCGCUCUUCAGCUUCAACAGCAGCAGCACAUCAACAAGUUAGCCGCCGCAGCAGCUGCGGUUAGCUCACAAGGAUCUGUCUCUAGUCUUGGUGGCCACCAGUCGCUGAGCCACGCCCAUCAGCAACUGCUGCUGACACCACCUUCGGCGGGCAACUCACAGACCGGCGAUAGCAGCUCAUCGCCCUCUCCUGCGACCGGCUCCUCGUUUGCCAUACCCACCAGCAAGAUGUACCCAUACGUCUCCAAUCAUCCAACCAGCCACGGCGGCCUAUCCGGCAUGCCCGGCUUCUCUGGUCUCGAAGAUAAAUCAUGCAGGUACACAGACACCGUGAUGAACAGUUACCAAUCAAUGAGCGUACCUGCGUCGGCUUCCGCCAGCUUUGCACAGUUCUACCAGCACGCAGCGGCAGCCUCUGCGGUAUCCGCGGCCAGCGCAGGAGCCAUUGGCGUAGACUCGCUGGGCAACGCUUGCACACAGCCCGCAUCCGGCGUUGUUCCUGGAGCCGGUGGUGCCGGACAAAGUAUAGCGGAUCUACCACGCUAUCCGUGGAUGACGCUCACAGAUUGGAUGGGAAGUCCCUUUGAGCGUGUCGUUUGUGGCGAUUUCAAUGGCCCCAACGGCUGCCCCCGUCGCCGCGGCCGCCAGACGUACACACGCUUCCAGACGCUGGAGCUUGAAAAAGAGUUCCAUUUCAAUCACUACUUGACGCGGCGCCGGCGUAUAGAGAUUGCGCAUGCGCUUUGUUUAACCGAGCGCCAGAUCAAGAUCUGGUUUCAGAAUCGGCGCAUGAAAUUGAAGAAAGAGCUGCGCGCUGUCAAAGAGAUUAACGAACAGGCACGUCGAGAUCGUGAGGAGCAAGAGAAAAUGAAGGCUCAGGAAACUAUGAAAUCCGCCCAGCAGAAUAAGCAAGUGCAGCAGCAACAGCAACAGCAGCAGCAACAGCAACAGCAGCAGCAGCAACAGCACCAACAACAGCAGCAACAACAGCAGGAUCAUCACUCGAUCAUUUCACACAAUCCGGGACACUUGCAUCACUCCGUCGUCGGUCAGAAUGAUCUCAAACUUGGCUUGGGCAUGGGUGUCGGAGUGGGCGUUGGGGUUGGGUCUGGCCUUGGACCGGGUCUGGGAGCUGGCCUCGGUGGAAAUCUGGGAAUGAUGAGUGCCCUUGACAAAAGCAAUCACGAUCUUCUCAAGGCAGUUAGUAAGGUCAACUCCUAAAUGGCAAGUGGAUCAUUCAACUAUCAUUACCGUUACCGUUACCGUCACUACCACUCCUAACAACCUAUGUCACCGCCAUCGUCAUCGUCGUCGCUUGAUGCCUUGAGUUUGGCGUUUUUCGUCUCUUCUGUGUAAUACGAAAAGCAAAACAAAACAAAGUUGAUAACUCAAAUACGUAAAGUUUUACAUAGUAAAUAGUCGUUUAAGUCUACAUAUAACGCAUAGAAAUAUAUAAUCUUAAAGCCAAGUACAUAUGUAAAUCUAUACAGAACAGAAGCAAGAUCAAUGAUGUCCGCAGUGGAUCACAGACA